UUUAGGGCCUUUUAGUCCUGUGCAGGACUCAGCCAGUAACACGCCUUGUCCAAGGGACGAGGCCUUUGGCCUAGAUGAGUCCCGGCACACUGUUUAUGGUGUAAUAAGUUGCACUACAGCUCUGGACUUUGUUGGCAAUGCGCUGCUCUUCAAGGAAAAUUAAUUAUUGAUGUAACUUUGCAAGAGAUAUAACUGAUUUAGAAGAGAGAUUAUAGAUAAAAAGGUAAAGGGUGGUAUUAAUUUUGAUUUAGGAGACAAUAUCAUAAGAUAACGGACUCUGAUUUGUCGACAAAUCCAUUUCGGACUUAAAUGGAAAUCGAGCUCUUCAUGAGAAAAUGGAAAUUUUUGGAGGAACCCAUUACUGAAAGUGGGCAAGAUCCUUAUAGAAUCACCCAAUUCAUUUCUCAAGUUGAUGACUGGGGCCUUGACCUGCUUCGUGGUCUUUGAUGAUUAGAAAGUGAAUUCCACAGCUAGAAACGAAACGUGCACCAGUGAGGGUUCCUUUAGUUGAUGAUCGCAUUCCUCCGAUAGGGAAAAUUAGCACAUUGAAGAAUAAAUGGUUUCGAGAUCAUAUUCAAAUCUAUUGGACCUCGUUUCAGGUGGUACCCCUCCAUCAUUUGGUAGGAUGGGAAGAAGGCUCCCGAGAGUCAUGACAGUGCCUGGUAUCAUCUCAGAUUUUGAUGAUGGUGCUUCUGUUCACAGUACCGGCUCUGACCCACCUUCCUCGGUAACUCAAGACAGAACCAUUAUAGUAGCCAAUCAGCUUCCCAUUAGAGCUCAUCGAAGAGAUGAUGGGAAAGGGUGGCUUUUCAGUUGGGAUGAGGAUGCCUUGCUAUUGCAAUUGAAAGAUGGGUUAGGAGAAGACGUUGAAGUUAUCUAUGUGGGUUGCCUUAAAGAGGAGGUUCCCCCAAGUGAACAAGAUGAAGUCUCUCAAAUCUUGCUUGAGACGUUCAAAUGUGUUCCAACUUUCCUUCCCCCUGAUCUUUUCUCUAGGUUUUACCAUGGUUUUUGCAAGCAACAACUAUGGCCGCUAUUUCAUUAUAUGCUGCCUCUCUCUCCUGACCUUGGGGGGCGAUUUGACCGUGCUCUAUGGCAAGCCUAUGUCUCAGUCAAUAAGAUUUUUGCAGACAAAGUCAUGGAGGUGAUAAGCCCCGAUGAUGACUUUGUAUGGGUGCACGAUUACCAUCUAAUGGUGCUACCCACCUUUUUAAGGAAGAGAUUUAACAGGGUGAAAAUGGGUUUCUUUCUUCAUAGCCCAUUUCCCUCUUCAGAGAUUUAUAGGACACUUCCAGUGAGGGAAGAACUUCUUCGAGGCCUUCUGAAUGCUGAUCUAAUAGGCUUCCACACAUUUGAUUAUGCUCGCCAUUUCCUUUCUUGUUGCAGUAGGAUGCUUGGGCUUGUCUAUGAAUCAAAGAGGGGUUAUAUUGGGCUUGAGUAUUAUGGCCGAAAUGUGACCAUAAAGAUUCUUCCUGUGGGGAUUCAUAUGGGUCAGCUCCGAUCAGUGCUUAGCCUUCCUGAAACUGAAGCGAAAGUUGCAAUUCUUAAAGAGAAAUUUAGAGAUAGGAUCAUGCUACUUGGUGUAGAUGACAUGGAUAUUUUUAAGGGUAUAAGCUUGAAACUCUUGGCCAUGGAGCAGUUGCUUAUCCAGCACCCAGAGUGGAGAGGCAAGUUGGUCCUGGUUCAAAUUGCAAAUCCUGCAAGGGGAAGAGGAAAAGACGUUCAGGAAGUGCAGGCUGAGACUUAUUCGACUGUGAAACGUAUCAAUGAGACAUUUAGAAGGCCAGGCUAUGAACCAGUGGUUUUGGUUGAUAAACCACUUCAGUUCUACGAGAGAAUUGCUUACUAUGUAGUUGCAGAAUGUUGUUUGGUCACAGCAGUGAGGGAUGGAAUGAAUUUGAUUCCAUAUGAGUAUAUCAUUUGCAGACAAGGGAACGAACGACUGGAUGAGGUGUUAGAGCGAGAUCCGGACAAACCAAAAAAGAGCAUGCUUGUGGUUUCAGAAUUUAUUGGGUGUUCUCCCUCUUUAAGUGGGGCUAUUCGGGUCAACCCGUGGAAUAUUGAUGCAGUGGCUGAAGCCAUGGAUAGUGCUAUUGUAAUGGCAGAGGGGGAGAAGCAAUUGAGGCAUGAGAAGCAUUAUAGAUAUGUGAGCACCCAUGACGUGGGAUAUUGGGCUCAUAGUUUUCUCCAGGACUUGGAGAGAACAUGUAGGGAUCACAUUAGGCGGAGGUGUUGGGGAAUUGGAUUUGGAUUGGGAUUCAGGGUGGUUGCGCUUGAUCCAAAUUUUAGGAAGCUUUCAACUGAGCAUAUAGUUUCUGCUUAUAAAAGGACUAAAUCCAGAGCUAUCCUUCUCGAUUACGAUGGAACCAUGAUGCCUCAGUCAUCGAUAAACAAGACUCCAACCCUUGAGUCAAUUGACAUUUUGAAUAAGUUGUGUGCGGAUCCAAACAAUGUUGUGUUCCUGGUGAGUGCAAGGGAUCGAAAGACACUGACCGAUUGGUUUUCUCCUUGUGAAAAACUUGGGAUUGCGGCAGAACAUGGGUUCUUUUUCAGGUUGAAGCAUGACGUAGAAUGGGAAACAUGCAUCUCUGUGACAGAUUUUGACUGGAAAAGAAUUGCAGAACCUGUAAUGAAACUGUAUACAGAAACAACCGAUGGUUCCAGCAUAGAAACCAAAGACACUGCACUGGUUUGGCAUUAUCAAGAUGCUGAUCCGGAUUUUGGGUCUUGCCAGUCUAAGGAGCUUCUUGAUCAUCUUGAGAGUGUUCUUGCCAAUGAGCCCGUUUCGGUUAAGAGCGGUCAACACAUUGUGGAAGUUAAACCACAGGGUGUCAGCAAGGGACUCGUAGCAGGACGGCUUCUCUCUUUGAUGCAAGAGGGAGGAACACCACCUGAUUUUGUUCUCUGUAUUGGAGAUGAUAGAUCCGAUGAGGACAUGUUCGAGGUGAUUAUGCAAGCGAAGGCGCAAGUGAAGGCUGGCCCUUCUCUGUCCUCGCUGGCUGAAGUAUUUGCUUGUACAGUUGGUCGGAAACCAAGUAAAGCCAAGUAUUAUUUGGAUGACACCAUAGAAAUUGUUAGAAUGUUACAGGGCUUGGCCUCUGUAUCAGAGCAAGCAGAAAGGAGCUCACCUCACCAUUAGGAAUCCGCAACAUGGUACAAGUGCUAGUUGGUUUUACUUGGAAAAAGAUCACUGCCCCAUGAGUUUGCCUCUUCCACUUACUGUGAGAAAGCUUUUUAUGGUCUCAAAAUAAACAGACCUAUUGCUUGUUUGAAGAAUUGGGGUCAUCGUUUUUUGCCUUCGGCUUCAUGAGGAGGACUUCAAAUGAGAAGGAACCUGUUUUCAUUCGAGAGCUCAUUUGAUAAAUUUCCACUUGGUUUUGCAGCAUUUUGAAGAUGCUGUUAAGACGUAUUGUUGUGAAAACACUGCACUUUGGAUCGAGGUGGGUCAUACCUUUCAUCUGUGUUUUACUGUUCUGUAAAUAUAUUUGGUGUGUCUUAGUGGGAUGUAUGAAACUUUUAGAUUGUGGUUUAGGAGCUGAGAAUAAUCCUUGUAUUAUUGGAUGCUUUGCCAUUGUAAAUUUUGCAGUUACUGAUUGAUUGUUAUUUGGACUCACAA